AUGGAGACGCUCAAAGCGUUGUUCGUCAAGCCUGAUCCGCAGCAGCAGCUGCGCAAAUGCAACGCCCUCCUCCGUGCCAACGUCCGUAAGCUAGACCGCGACAUCAACCAGGUUAGGCAGGUAGAAGCCAAGACGAAGAACCUCAUCCUUCAGGCCGACAGGCGAGCGCAACGAGACCCCACGAGACAGAAACAAGCACAAAAGGAGGCUCGCGAUUUCGCCCGGGAGCUCAUCCGUGCACGAAAGACCAGCAACCGGCUCGUCACCUCCAAGGCGCAGCUCAACAGCGUGCAGAUGCAGGUCAAUGAAGCCUUUGCCGUGCGCAAGAUCGAAGGCAGUAUCCGCGCGAGUGUCGGCGUGAUGAAGGACGUCAACCGCCUGAUCCGUCUGCCCGAGCUGGCAGGCACGAUGCAGGAGCUGAGUGUCGAGUUGAUGAAGGCUGGCAUCAUCGAGGAAAUGGUUGGCGAAAGUCUGCCCGAGGACAUGGACGAAUUUGAGGAAGAGGAGGCAGAGGGUGAGGUCGACAAGGUGCUCGGCGAGAUUCUCAAAGACCGCAUGCCCAAGGAGCAGAUGCCCGCGGCGCCGGUCCACCAGGAGCCGAAACCGGUCGAAGCCGAGGAAGAAGAGGAGGACGCCGAGGCUAUGAUGGACCAAAUGCGCAACAGGCUCGAGGCCCUGCGAAGUUAA